AUGACAGAUUUAAAUGACUCAGAAGAAAUAACCAAUAAGAUCGUCGCUCCAGUAGUCUCUGACGCCUUGUCUAGAUUUCAAGCAUUAAAAGCCAAACGACAAGAAGCCAAAAAACUAAACAAGCGAGAAAUAUUCCAAGAUGCAAAGAAUCAACGAAUGGCAUCCAUAAAAGCAAGACAAGAAGAAAUCAAUAAACAAAAUCAAGAAGCCGGUGACGAUAGACAUACUAAACAAGAUGAAAAAGAUCAGUCAGAGAAGAAUCUUGAAUAUACAAUCGAAGAAACUGAAAAAUGGCAAGCAAAACAAAAGAAAAAGAACAACAAUCAUAGAGAUGGAACUCAAAAUCUUGAUAUAUUGGCCGAAACUACCUAUAUAAAGGAAAUAUCUGACAUAAAAAUCGACAAAGAAGAAUACAACCGACAAAAGAAAUCAUUAAUGGAGAAAUACAAUAUUGAUGAUGAGUCACAAUUGAAAAGCAUAGUGGACGUUGAAAAUAAACCAAGUCCACAAACUAUGAGUGAAAUGGAUGGUUUACAGAACAAGAAUCAAGUUACAUUAAAUGCUGUUGUUCAAUAUAAGGUCUUUAUCGAAGAAUCAAGGGAUCGGAGGAGAGCGACGAAACUGGAUUUCGAGCAUGUGGCAUGCGAGUUCCAUGUGAUGUCCUUGGAACAGUCGUGGACUGUUGCAAUUGUAUCGAUCGAGGUUUUAGAGUUACAUUUAGAACCAGCUUACAAGAGACAAGGCAGGACAUGA